AAGGUGGUGGCUUUGUCUUUGUGUUCAGGUACUCUUGGUGUUCUACACGAAUACUCAUUAGUCAUUCUGGAGAUGGACUUGCUGUCUGGAACCUACCUCUUGGCAGUCUUAUUAGCCUGUAUUGUAUUUCAAUCUGGCGCACAGGAGAAGAAUUAUACCGUGCGGGAAGAACUGCCUGAAAAUGUCCUCAUUGGCAAUUUGCUCAAGGAUCUUAACCUAACGCUGGACCCAGAUGUGCCCCUUUCCUCACCGCUACAGUUCAAGCUUGUGUAUAAGACUGGGGAUGUACCAUUAGUACGGGUGGAGGAGAACACUGGUGAGAUAUUCACAACUGCAAACCGCAUAGACCGAGAGAAGCUGUGCUCUGGCAUCCUUAGUGAGAAUCGCUGCUUUUAUGAGGUGGAGGUUGCUGUUUUGCCUGAUGAAGUUUUCAGACUGGUCAAGAUCAGAUUCCUAAUAGAGGAUAUAAAUGACAAUGCCCCCCUCUUCCCCUCAACAGUUAUUAACAUCUCUAUCCCUGAAAACACAGCAAUUAAUUCUCGCUAUUCUGUCCCAUCUGCCAUUGAUCCAGACAUUGGUGUGAAUGGUAUUCAACAUUAUGAACUACUUAAGCCCAAAACAGCUCCGAAAAGGACAUUUGGAUCCAUUACAAACGAUCAGGGUCAAAAUGUAUUUGGUCUUGAUAUAAUUGAGACACCUGAGGGAGAUAAGUGGCCCCAACUGAUUGUCCAACAGAUCCUGGAUAGGGAGCAGAAGGAUACCUAUGUGAUGAAAAUUAAAGUUGAAGAUGGUGGAAGCCCUCCAAGAUCUAGCACUGCCAUCCUGCAAGUCACAGUGACUGAUGUGAAUGAUAAUCGCCCAGUCUUCAAAGAGAAUGACAUUGAAGUUAGCGUUCCAGAAAAUGCUCCAGUGGGCACCUCUGUUUCUCAGCUCCAUGCCACUGAUGCAGACCUGGGCUCAAAUGCACAAAUCCACUUCUAUUUCAGCAAUCAGAUCUCCAGUUUGGCCAAGAGGCUGUUUGCCAUUGAUAACACCACUGGCCUCAUCACUAUAAGAGAACCACUAGACAGGGAGGAAUCUCCUGUACACAAAUUAACGGUUUUGGCAAGUGAUGGUAGUUCAACUCCAUCAAGAGCAACGGUGACUGUUAAUGUCACAGAUAUUAAUGACAAUGUCCCAUCAAUAGACACGAGAUACAUCAUCAAUCCAGUGAACGGGACAGUGCUUUUGUCUGAGAAGGCUCCCCUUAAUACAAAAAUUGCAUUGAUAACAGUAACAGACAAGGAUGCUGAUCUGAACGGAAAAGUUACUUGUUUUACAGAUCAUGAUGUCCCUUUUAGGCUAAAGCCAGUGUUUGAUAAUCAGUUUCUUCUGGAGACAGCCAUGUUUCUAGAUUAUGAAGCCACACGGGAAUAUGCCAUUAAAAUAGUGGCUUCAGAUUCAGGGAAACCUCCCUUAAACCAAUCUGCAAUGCUCCUGAUUAAAAUUAAAGAUGAAAAUGACAAUGCCCCCGUUUUUACACAGCCUAUCAUAGGUCUUUCCAUCCCUGAAAACAAUGCUCCUGGUACUCAGCUAACCAAGAUAAGUGCUACGGAUGCUGACAGUGGGCGCAAUGCUGAGAUCAGCUAUAUCCUGGGUUCUGAUGCACCCUCUAUUUUCAACCUUGACCGCCGUACAGGCAUUCUGACAGCAGUGAGAAAGCUGGACAGAGAAAAGCAAGACAGGUACUCCUUCGCUGUGCUAGCUAAGGAUAAUGGGAUGCCACCCUUGCAGACUAAUGCUACUGUGACAGUGUCAGUCCUGGACCAGAAUGAUAACAGCCCUGCUUUCACACAUAAUGAAUAUAAUUUCUAUGUGCCAGAAAACUUACCCAUGUAUGGCACAGUGGGGCUUAUCACAGUUACAGAUGCUGACUCGGGAGAGAAUGCUGCGGUCACUCUCUCUAUAUUAAACGGUAGAGAUAAUUUCAUUAUAGAUCCACUUACUGGUGUAAUAAGACCAAAUAUUACUUUUGAUAGGGAACAGCAGGGGUCAUAUACUUUCCAGGUGAAGGCUGUGGAUGGAGGAAGACUGCAGCGUUCCUCAACUGCCAAAGUGACCAUCAAUGUUGUUGAUGUAAAUGACAACAGGCCCGUUUUUGUUAUUCCUUCAUCUAAUUAUUCGUAUGAGUUGGUUCCAACAUCAGCCAGUCCAGGGUCUGUAGUUACUAAAGUCUUUGCAGUUGAUAAUGACACAGGAAUGAAUGCAGAGCUCCGCUAUAGCAUCAUAGGUGGGAACUCAAGGGGCUUGUUUACAAUUGACCAGUUAACAGGCAAUAUUACUUUGAAAGAGAAGGUAAUUACAUCAGAUCAUGGCUUGCACAGACUGGUGAUAAAAGUCAAUGACCUAGGACAGCCGGAGUCUCUUUAUACUAUAGCUCUUGUGCAUUUGUUUGUGAAUGAGACAGUCACCAACAGUUCCUACAUACAAGAGCUAGUGCGCAGGAAUAUGGAAACUCCAGUUGGCCAGAAUGUUGGGGAUGGUGAGAUAACCCCACAAACCAAUGAUUAUGUCAAGAUCAUCAUUGCCAUUAUUGCAGGCACUAUGACAGUUAUUCUGGUAAUUUUUGUUACUGCUUUAGUACGGUGCCGCCAGACACCUAGGCACAAGGUUGUCCAAAAAAACAAGCAGAGUGGUGAAUGGGUUUCCCCAAACCAAGAGAACAGGCAGAUCAAGAAGAAGAAGAAGAAGAAGAAGCGCUCUCCAAAAAGUCUCCUCCUCAACUUUGUGACUAUUGAAGAAUCUAAGCCUGAUGAUCCUGGCCAUGAGCACAUAAAUGGCACUUUAGACAUUCCUGUAGAGCUAGAAGAACAGACUAUGGGAAAAUAUAACUGGGCCACCACACCAACCACAUUUAAGCCUGAUAGCCCAGAUUUAGCAAAGCACUACAAGUCAGCUUCUCCACAGCCUACCUUUCAAAUUAAACCUGAGACUCCUGUACCCCCCAAGAAGCACCAUGUCAUUCAGGAACUGCCUCUAGAUAACACCUUUGUGGUGGGCUGUGACUCACUCUCCAAGUGCUCAUCAAGCAGCUCGGACCCUUACAGUGUUUCUGAAUGCAGCUGUCAAGGAGGCUUCAAGACCCCAGGCCCCAUACACACCAGACAGCACGCAAAAGAAAUGGGAAGGCCACAAACUCCUUUGAAAGAAACAACCUUGGAGCCUUGGACUCAGCCACAGCCUCAGCGCCGUGUCACGUUUCACCUACCAGAUGGCUCCCAGGAAAGCUGCAGUGACAGUGGGCUUGGAGACCAUGAACCCACGAGCGGUGCUAGCACAUCGCACCCUCUGCCCCUCGGCUUCCCCCAGGAGGAGUACUAUGAGCAAGCUUCACCCAACAGCCGGACAGAAGGAGACGGCAACUCAGACCCGGAGUCCACUAUCGAAGUAAAUCUCCAGAAAGCCCUGGCUGAAGCCUCUGAAACCUGCACGCAGGAGUGUCUCAUCCUGGGCCAUUCUGACAACUGCUGGAUGCCACCUUCUUUGACACAGUAUCAGCAGUCCAACACCCCUUUGCCGUCGUUUGGCUUCCAGCAAGGCUGGGGCCGAGGAGCCAGGCCUGAGGGACGACACACUCUUGGGAGGCCCCUUCCAAAGGACAACACUGACAAAGGCCAGGGUGGGCCCAGGCCCCAGUUCUACAACACCUGCGAAAGACAUUGCGCCAGCGAAGAUCCUGUCAAAGUCAUUCCUCUGGCAAACUUCGCCGCGUCCCACCAGGCACCGGUGUCUGGGAGUAGCACUACGUUUAUACAUGAGCACCAGCUAUAAAUGCAUAUCUGACAAAUCCGUUAUUUCAGGCUUUAAGUGUGACUGUAUAUAGUCACAGCCUAACACUGUUCUUAGUGCGUAUACAAACUUGUUAGGCUUGUGAAUAUUUAUGUAUAUAGAAUCCUAAAUUUGAAAUUGAAAAGCUAAAUCCUUAGGACUUAGUUGAAAGAAAUGAACCAUAGUUCUUGGUAAAAUCCACAAAAUGGGGAAGAAAACCCACAACCCAGAAACAAUCAAAAGAAAAACACAAAAUCCUGUUCAUUUUCUUGUAUGGGCCAUAUAGUGCAAAUAUCUGCCAGCAGUUCUUCCUCCCUGUUGAAAGCAAUUUCUUAGUACAGUUUGGGGAAUAUUACAGUCUAAAUAUAGCUUACUCAAAUUUUUCUUUGUUGUUAUAAUUUAUAACAUAUUCAUAGAUUCCA